CAAAAAGUCCACUCUUUGCCUUUGUCCUAUUGGCUGCUAAUUACAUCUUCUGUUUACAAAAACCUGGAAUUGGACUCCUCAAAUUCUUCCUAUCGAUAACUCAGUUUUCUCCAAGGUAAGAUCCCUUUACUUUGGAUACUGCAGCAUGGACAGUGGAGCUCAAAAGAUCUUUAAUGGAAAAGAAGAUAGCUAUGGAGGUGUUGUGGUGAACUUGAUGGAAAUGGAACCCAUGGAUGCUCAGGAUUUUGAGGCAAAGCUGGACAAUUCACUUAAGGCAUGGAAAGAUCAGGGGAAGAAAGGAAUUUGGAUCAAGCUGUCUAGUAAGCUAUCUAGUCUUGUUGACACUGCAAUAAAGAGAGGGUUUACAUACCACAAUGCCGAGAAAGAUUACGUGAUGUUACAUAUUGGGAUCAGUGCUUUUGUCCUAAACAAGAGCAAAGAGGGUGAGGGUAUUUGGGCUGGAGCAGUUAGGGAAAUGGAAGAAGAAACUGGUAUUGAGACAAAAUUUGUAGAAGUCCUGGCUUUCAGGGAAAGCCACCAAUCAUUCUUGGAAGAAAAAACAGAUAUAUUUUUCCUCUGCGAGUUGAAGCCAAGCAAUAUUGAAAUCAAGAAACAAGAUUCUGAGAUCUUGUAUGCUAAGUGGAUGCCAAUUGACGAAUACGUAAACCAACCCUUUAACCAGGAGAAAGAGUUGUUCAGGUACAUGGCUAACAUAUGCCUAAAGAGGUCUAAGGAGAAGGAGAAGUACGCAGGUUUCUCCACUGUCCUCACUACGACUGCUUCUGGUAAGGAAAGCUAUCUUUACUGCAGAACCGACCACGACAACCUCCUCAACGGAGAGUGUGACGAAGACUCCACCUCUCUCUUCCAAAAAUGUUUCUGUUUCACUUAGUCCACUGUCUCCUGCCUUCCAAAAGUGAAACGCUACCAAAUAUUUGAUUGUAUUGUUUAACUAUAAUAUCUCUUACCAACACAAACA